GAAUAAGGCACAAGGGUUCUUAACUGCCACAACCUAGAGUUAUCAUUGUGGGGGAGAGACAGAAACACUCAGGAUGUCCCGACUCAUCUUCUUGUGCCUUCUGUCGCUCAUGUCCUUCACCUGGGCCAGUUCACACACCUCCCCGCUGUCCCAGGACAUGGUCAACAUCAUCAAUAAGGCCAAUACUACAUGGACGGCCAGGCUAAAUUUUGACAAUGUGGACUACAGUUACUUGAAGUCACUCUGUGGAACCAUAUUGAAGCGCCCCAGGCUCUCUGAAAUGGUCAGGUUUGAGGAAAAUCUUAAUUUGCCAGAUAGCUUUGACUCCAGAGAUCAGUGGCCCAACUGUCGCACCAUCAGUCAGAUCCGUGACCAGGGCUCAUGUGGAUCAUGCUGGGCCUUCGGUGCUGUUGAGGCUAUAUCGGACCGAAUCUGUAUCUACAGUGGCAGCAAAGUCUCAGUGGAGAUCUCUGCAGAGGACCUGCUCUCAUGCUGCGAUGAGUGUGGGAUGGGUUGUUUUGGAGGUUUCCCAGAUGCAGCUUGGGAGUUCUGGACCAAAACUGGCCUUGUGACUGGAGGACUGUAUGGCUCCAAUGUUGGCUGCAGGCCCUACACAAUACCUCCCUGUGAGCACCAUGUUAAUGGCACACGGCCACCAUGCUCAGGUGAGCAGAAAACCCCUGACUGUGUGAAGCAGUGCAUUGAUGGAUACACUCCUUCCUACUCCAAAGACCUGUUCUUCGGCCAGCGCUCAUAUAACAUUCCCUCGGAGCCCAAGCAGAUCAUGGCUGAGAUAUACAAAAACGGCCCUGUGGAAGCAGCCUUCACUGUCUAUGAGGAUUUCCUGCUUUAUAAGACAGGAGUGUACCAACACUUGACAGGAGAAAUGCUGGGUGGACAUGCCAUCAAGAUCCUUGGCUGGGGAGAGGAGAAUGGCACCCCCUACUGGCUGGCUGCUAACUCCUGGAACACUGACUGGGGAGACAAAGGAUACUUUAAGAUCCUGAGAGGACAGGACCACUGUGGUAUCGAAAGUGAAAUGGUUGCUGGUAUUCCCAAGCUAUAAGAGAAAAUCUGCUCUCUCCACUGAUCCAGACUGGAAACCGGAUCCCUUCAUGAAGUAGUGCAAUUAUCAGUCCUAGAUGAACAGCACUGGGAUAAUUACUUUGUAAUUAUACAUCACAGAUAAAUGAUUUCAGAUGCAUUAUGGCUUUUAUAAAUUCUAUACUGUAAUUCUAUUCAGGUGGUAUCAUGAAGCACUGUAUUAAAAUCUGCUUUUAAAGAACUUUUAACAGCCAGUAUAAUAAAAAAUGAGGUAAUUACUCCUCUCCUU